GCCUCGAGCCGCGGUCACGUGGGAGCGGCCACGCGCCCCCCGAUAACGGCCGUUCAUUCACGUGCAAAGAUGAUCAUGAGGGGAAGAGGAUCAAUAAUGAGGUCUCAAUAUACACAGCCCAGACCAGUCAGGAGUGCUCUCGGAAGUAAGCUGGGAAGACUGCAGUGGAAAAGUAUUUGGAAGAAAAUGGUGUUUGGAGGAAAGAAAACUGGCCACAUUCUCAGAACAAUUUAGUAUGGCCAGGAAAUACAGCCCCUUCUCCUAGUUUAUGUGAACAUUUCCCUCCUGGGAUAAAUAAAGUUCUAUCAUAGGCUGUAUGAGAGAUUGUGGUGCUGCCAGCUGUAUGCUUAAUUCUGGAUAAUACUAGCGAAAUCAGUCUGGGAAGGAGUACUCAAGUCUCAGAUAGUUCAAUCGGAGAGAGAGGAGGAGGAGGAGAUGCAAGCGGUGUGAGAGGAGGCAGAAACGGGGUAAAAGAGCAGGCUCUUACACGAGGCGGAGACGGGGGGAAAAGAGCAGGCAUUCGCGCUAGGCUAACAGCUAACCCCACCCGACCUGCAGUGCCCUCGCUUCUCCUCUCUAAUGUCAGCUCCCUGGACAACAAACUUGACGAACUGCGUCUUCUCAAGACAACAUACAGGGAUAUAAGAGACUGCUGUGUGUUUGUUUUCACGGAAUCAUGGCUCCACGGCAAUAUCCCGGACACGGCAAUACAGCUGGAGGGAAUUACAUUGUUCCGUGCGGACAGAGAGGCAGCUAGCUCUGGUAAGAGCCGAGGUGGAGGCCUGUGCUUGUACAUAAACAAGGACUGGUGUGUGAACGCUACGAUAGCCGGGAAACACUGCUCCCCGCUGAUAGAAUUCCUCAUCGUGAAAUGUCGGCCUUUCUAUCUGCCGAGGGAAUUCUCCGUUGUUUUUGUUGUGGCUGUAUAUGUUGCUCCAAGUGCAAAUGUAAAUUCUAAGGCCAACGAAGCACUGGGAGCUCUGCAUGACGCCAUCAGUGAGUUCCAGACCAAACAUCCUGAUAGCUUCAUUGUGGUGGCCAGGGAUUUUAAUCACACCAGCCUUAAGACUAUGCUCCCAAAAUUCAAGCAAUAUGUGGAUUUUGAGACCAGGGGAGAGAACAUCUUGGACUUAGUUUACACCAACACCCCAGAGGCUUACAAGGCAGCCCCACGCCCUCACCUGGGCCACUCGGACCACAUUUCAGUGUUUUUAACACCAGCCUACAGACCUCUGCUAAAACAAGUCAGAGCGGAGAGAAAACACACCAGGGUCUGGCCAGAGGGAGCAGCCUCAGCACUGCAGGAUUGCUUCCUGCACACUGACUGGUAUGUGUUCAGGACAGCAGCAUCCUAUGAUGACCUCUUCAACAUCGAGGAGUACGCAGAGACUGUAACCAGCUACAUUGCCAAGUGCACCGAGGAUGUCACUAUCAUGAAAACCUUCACUGCACGUGGAAACGAAAAGCCAUGGAUGACAGCAGAGGUGCGCUCGCUGCUGAGGGCUCGUGAUGCAGCCUACAGAGCCGGUAACACAGCCGCUCUUCGAUCUACCAGGACUGCACUGGAAAAAGGAAUCAGGGCAGCGAAACGUGCCUUCGCGGGGAAAAUCCAGGGACACCUCUGUGACACAGGAGACACCAGGAGGAUGUGGAAGGGAAUCCAAACACUGACGGGGUACAAGGCAAGGCAGCAGGUAACUGACACCAACACUUCUCUCCCAGAUGAACUGAACAACUUCUUUGCACGUUUUGAUGCAGCAAACACCACACCCAAGGGGAGAGCCAGCCCCUGCUUACAAACCGACCAGCCAGUCCUGACCAUAGACUCAAUGGACACACGGAGAAUCCUGUCUAAGGUCAACCCGUGGAAAGCAGUCGGACCCGACAACAUCCCAGGACGUGUGCUGAAGGAAUGUGCUGAAGAGUUAGCAGAUGUGCUAACAAACAUCUUUAACAUCUCCCUUAGUCAAGCCAUUGUCCCCACAAGCCUCAAAACUUCCAUGAUAAUCCCCAUAGCGAAGAAACCAGUGGUUGCCUGCCUAAAUGACUACCGCCCUGUCGCCCUGACCCCAAUAAUAAUGAAGUGUUUUGAACGCCUGGUGAAACCCCACAUUACUGCCAGCCUCCCCUCCAGUUUGCCUAUCGCCCCAACCGUUCUACAGAGGAUGCCAUCUCUACCACGCUGCACACAGUACUCACGCAUCUGGAAAACAAAAACACAUACGCCAGAAUCCUGUACAUUGACUUCAGCUCAGCGUUUAACACCAUCAUCCCACAGAGACUUGUGGAGAAACUAA